AUGGCCUGCUCUCAGGACAAGUCCUUUGGCCCUGCUUCAACCUGCCGCGACCUUGACUUCAGCCUUUACUUUGAACAGACAAUCCUUUCACUGUCCCCGGAUGUCGUCUUCAUCGUGCUUUGCGUCCUUCGGCUCGCAUACCUAAGCACACAAUCCCGCAAAGUAGCGUCGUCUGCGUGGAGUUAUACCCUGUUGGCGCUGAAAUGCGUUGCAACUUGCUUCGUGUUGGGCACCACGAUCGCAUUUCUUGUAUUGGCGCGCCAUAAACAAAUCCUUUCCGCAUCGCUCAGCUUGGCUGCGCCCAUCGUCCAAAUCCUCAGUGUUGCCAUUUUGCUUUUAGUCGUGGUCGUCGAACAUUUCAAGGCAAUCACACCCAGCACACUCAUUAUCGUCUACACAUUCGUUAAAGGCCUUUUCAGCGCGGCUAUAAUGCGGUCCGCGUUGCGAAUUGCCGACCCACACACGACCAUAGUUCUUCUGGCCCUCGUUACGGCGUCGUACUUCACCGUUUGUCUUGCCGAAAUUCUUGGGAAAGGAAGAGCUGUUGUGGGCAAAGACGUUACCCAAGUUUCUGCCACCAGCUUCGUAUCCCGAACUAUGUUCCAUUGGUUACUGCCCCUCCUGUGGACUGGACGCGAAAAGAAGUUGACCAUUGCUGAUUGUGGGUCAAUACCAUCGGAGAUGGGGGCCUAUGAGAGUACAGAACCUCUUAGGGAGGUUCUACUAUCUACUCCACGCACUGGAAAAUACUACCUCGUUCGAGCAUCUUUCAAGGCCUUGCCCCUUUUGUUCCUCUCGCCCAUCCCUCCCAGAAUUCUUCUGAUUCUUGCGACCUUUGCUCAGCCGCUCCUCAUUACCCGCAUGAUCACGUAUAUUUCUGACAAUUCACAAUCAUCCGAGCGUGGUUGGGCCUUGGUUGGUGGGUUUAUAGCAACCUAUGCGCUCAUUUUCCUCAUGACAUCGAUAUAUUGGGAGAAGGUCUUCGACUCGACUGUCCGUUAUCGUGGGGCCUUAGUUGGCAACAUCUACAGCAAAACGCUGCGACUUUCAUCUGCUUCAUCUCGGGAAGUUGGCGGCGGUGUAGCGAGCACAUACAUGUCCGUGGAUGUCGAACGUGUCUCCCUUGGACUCGAAACGAUGCACGAGAUGUGGGCGGCCGCCGUCCAAAUUGUACUCGCUGUUGCUCUACUGUGGUCUGAGGCAACUUGGCCUGCGAUUCUACCACUCGUCAUUACUGUUAUGCUCGUCACCACAGCUGGGCGCUUUAGCAAGGGUGUUGGUGCCGCUCAGAAACAGUGGCUUGGAUCAACGGACAAGCGGGUCAAAUUCCUCACAUCGGUCUUCCAAAACUUUCUGCCGAUGAAGCUUUCACAUUAUGAGGACGCUGUAUCUCAACGCGCAGAGUAUCUACGUGCUCAAGAAAUGAAGGGCGCCAGUAAAUUCUAUGCCAAUAUCUCUUUCACUGGCGCCUUGACCUCGACUUCUUGGGCCGCUUGCACCCUUGUGGUGCUUGGCCCAUAUGCGGCACUCGCUGCUCAUGGUCAUUCUGCUCUCGAUCCAAGUCGUCUCUUCACAAUCGUCAGCAUCGUCAAUAUCAUGUCCCCACCAUUGACCCUGCUGGGAAGCGGUUUGCCUCAAAUGCUUGCUGCAUGGACAUCGUUCCAGAGGAUCCAGAAAUACUUGCUUCUCGAUGAGCGCGAUAUCGCUCCGAGUGAGGCGAAGGAUCCGGAAAGGACGAGCACUUUUACCCUCCAAGACGCGUCAUUUUCGUGGGCUGCAGACAAAGAUACAUUCCUUGGCCCCCUAACGACGACCUUGUAUCAAGAACAACUUAAUGUUUGCGUUGGCCCUGUCGCUUCGGGUAAAACAUUGUUCUUGCUCUCACUCCUGCACGAAGCCCACCUCUCUGGUGGAACUUUAUAUACGCCAGGCUUGCAUAAACGCGUCGCCUUCUCGGCCCAAGACCCGCUUAUCAUCCCUGGGACCCUUCGCGAAAAUAUCCUCUUCGGCAAUGAUUUUGAACAGAACUGGUACGACACUGUAAUCGAGGCCUGCGCGUUAGCUCCGGAUCUGGAGAGACUAAAUGGCGGUGAUGGUGUUUAUCUGGGCGAGAAAGGCGCAAGUCUGAGUGGUGGGCAGCGACAACGCGUGUCACUGGCACGAGCUGUGUAUUCUCGAGCACCAUGGACUUUCCUGGAUGAUCCGUUCAGCUCCCUUGAUUCUCAUACUGAACGACAUAUCUUCCACGCGCUUUUCGGGCAAAACGGGCUACUGAGGCAGAAAAGCGUGCUUCUUGUAACUCACAAUAGUCUGCAUCUAAGCAGCGCCGAUUUCGUGCUUGUGUUCGAUGCUGGCAAAAUUCAGUACCAAGGGUCUCUCGAUGAAGUUAUAGCAUCUGGCUAUCAGUACACUCGCGUCAACAUCGACAACUCUCCCACACUCGUGCCUGAAACUACCGUCAAAGAGAAGACGGAUCCCGCACCGCCCAAGGGUCACGUUGCGCAAAAGGAGCCACCCGAGAAACCUAUUGCGCAGUCCUCGCUUGGAUGGACGCCCUACAUAUUUUACAUGCAGAUGGCGGGCUGGACAGGCUCGUUCGCUGUGGUGUUUUUCCUGGCAGCAACAGGCUUGACUCGACUUGGCUUAUUCAUUUAUCAACAACAAUGGUCAGAUAGUGGGGGUCGACAUGUUGGUGCAUGGAUCGGCGGUUAUGCCGGACUUGUGGUGGUUUACUUCAUCGCAGUUGGCGGUGGAAUGUGGGGAUACACCCUCGUUAUCAGCAGGCACCUUGGACACAGAAUUCACGCAACCGAGCUCAAUGGAGUGCUUGGCACAGUCCCUACAUUCAUGACAACCACGACGCCUGGCCGCAUCGUCAAUCGGUUUUCUCAGGACAUCUUUAUGAGCGACUUGGAGAUCCCGUGGAACGUGACCAAUGUCAUCAUGCCUGCAGUCGUUCUCGUGGGUUUUGUUGUCUUUUUGUGCAUACCGACACCGUGGCUGGCAUUGACGAUACCAUUCAUUGGUGGGCUAUACUACCUGAUGAUUUCGUUCUAUAUCAGAACUUCCAAGCAAUUUCAAGCGCUCGGGGCAGCUAGCAAAUCACCUCUAUACACCCAGUUCUCCACAACUAUUUCUGGGAUCGUCACUAUUCGUGCCCUCUGCGCUGAGGCCUACUUCCAGAAGCAGAACGACGGUAUCCUGGACCAAAGUCAAAUUCCAUUUUUCUAUCGAUUUGCGGGUGUGCGAUUCUUGCGAACCUUUUUGUCCUUCAUUUCGUUCUUGAUCGCGACGGGUCUUUCCGUUCUCGCUAUCGGACUCCGGCACUCAACAAAUCCCUCUACCUUGGGGUUGGCAUUGGCCAGCGUAACCAACAUGACUGCGCAACUAAACAACUUACUUUUGAAUCUGACUGGUCUCGAGAAUGCUUCAGUGGCACUCUCCCGGAUCCACGAAAUUGCUACUCUUCCAGCCGAGCCUGACCCAUUUCACGAGAAAAGCAACAAGUCCGAAACAAAGCCGGAACGUGGAAGGAUCGAGUUCAAGAAUGUGAGCUUGAAAUAUGGAGAUGACCUCCCUCAGGUUGUCAAAGAUGUUUCAUUCAGAGCUGAGGCUGGGCAGCGUAUCGGAAUUUGUGGACGGACGGGAUCCGGCAAAAGUAGUUUGCUCAUGGCGUUAUUCCGUGGCGUCGACUCGUCCUUGCUUGAAGGAUCUGUCUUGUUCGAUGACGUAGACACGAGGUCGAUGUCUUUGGCAACAUUACGAAGCGCAUUAAGCCUGGUUUCGCAAAGUCCGCUGAUAUGGAACGCCCCCUUGAGACACAAUUUGGAUCCCUACGAAAAGCUGACCGACAAGGAUAUUUGGCUCUCUCUUGAGCGAGUUGGACUUGCCGACGCCGUCGGGCAACUUCCAAACAAGCUGGAAACGGUGCUCGAUGAUGGGGGGUCGUUAUCGGGUGGUCAGCGCCAACUACUGUGCCUGGCUCGCAUAUUGCUGAGGGGGGGUAAGGUCAUCGCGUUGGACGAGGCGAGCAGCAGCUUGGACGUCGAUACCGACCGGCGAAUGAGGGAUAUCAUUCGCACCGAUCUUUCAUCGUCGACCAUCAUUGCCGUCGCACAUCGGAUCGAAACGAUUGUUGACUAUGACUUGGUGUUGGUGAUGGAGAAUGGAUCGGUGGUGGAGAGAGGGACACCCCAGGCGCUACUGGCUCAAAGGGACAGCCGCUUUUCGGAGUUGGCGAGGAGCCAGGGUGUCGUGUUAUGA